AAAGAUCAGUAGCUUCAUUUUUCUUUAAAUUAAUUUGGCAGGGUUGCUAUCAGCUAAUAUCUGCACUUUACCCUGAAGAAGUCAGGCUAAAAAUGAUUGAAGGCGUUGAUUCGGCUAUUGAGAUCCUAACGAAGGUAUUGGUUGACAAAGUUGAUGCUCAAGAAGUUAAAUAUGUCCUUGGAUUUGAACAUGAGUUUGAGACUAUGAAGGAAAAUCUUAAAACUUUGCAAUCAUACCUCAGUGACAUGGAGAAGCACAAAGACAAGUACAAGACUGUUGAAGAUGCCUGUGCUAAAUUACGAGAACUGAUUUAUAGAAUAGAUGACCUGGUCGUUGACUGCCAAAACCGAGCAGAACAUGAGAAGAUGAAAAACAGUAAUUGGUCCUCUAUUUCUCCACGUGGACUGUAUUUCCGUAAUCAGGUUGGAAAGAGUUUGGCAGAAAUCAACAGGGAAAUAUCGAUUAUGAUUGACAAAAUUUUCAAGGUCAUUACCCCAGUGAUUAACCUAUCUAAAAGUGAAGCAGUUGGUAAUAGUGAUAGUGGCAGGGAGCUAUGGACACCAGACACUAGCGCUGAAUCCUUUGGCUUAGCUCAAGAUACCAGAACACUGAAAGAGUGGAUACUUCCUUGCAAUGGAUCUUUACAACUAAUUGGCAUUGUGGGGAUGGGAGGUCUGGGUAAAACCACACUUGCCCAAAAGUUUUACAACGAUAGAGAAGUGUGUUCACGCUUUAGCAUGAAAAUUUGGGUUUGUAAAUCAACUUUGGAUGAGCUUGAGACCAUGAAGAGAAUUCUUCAGCAGCUGGAAAUGGAAUAUCAUGAGUCAGAUAGAAAUGUGUUGUUGAGGAGAAUUCGUGAAGCGCUUACAAAUAAAAAUUACUUAAUUGUCAUGGAUGAUGUGUGGAGUAUUGAUGGCGGAUGGUGGAACCGGAUCUUUGAAGGACUGCCCAAAUCAGAGAACCAGUGCAGCUGCAUCAUUAUUACAUCUAGAAAUGAAGAUGUUGUUAAGAGAAUGGGAGUCGAGGAAGAACGAAUUCACCAACCCAAGCCGCUCUCCGACAAAGAGGGCUGGCUGUUAUUUUGCAAGGCUGCCUUCAAGGGAGAAUGCAAGGAUCCUGAACUAGAACGUGUGGGAAAAAACAUUCUGAAAAAAUGUGGUGGUCUUCCCCUAGCAAUCAAGACAAUUGGAGGCUUGCUUUCAUCGAAACUUCAGUUGCUUUCUGUGUGGCAGCCGAUAAGUGAAGAUUUGCCUCAGAUAUUUGCAGACGAAUGCAACAGCCAUGAUUCCUUAUUGGCUACUCUCCAACGAAGUUAUGAUGACCUUCCUCUCAAGUUGAAGCGGUGUAUUCUUUGUUUUGCAAUUUAUCCAGAGGAUUACGAGAUAGAGGUUGAUCAACUGGCAAAUUGGUGGAUUGGAGAAGGAUUCGUUUACCAAAAAGGAAAAAAAAAAUGCAAGAAAAAUGGCUCUUGA